AUGCCAAUUCGAACUACAAUAAAUCCAAAAACUGGUAGAAGUAUCACUAUUGGAGGAGCACUCUUCUGCCGAUUAACAUAUGAAGCCUAUGAUUUCAUUAAUGGAUCACUGAUUAGAAGAGAUACAGCGCCUCCUCUAGAAACUAGAAGAUUUGUUCAUAAUGUCGCAACAGAUAGAAGUAUUCUUGUAGGUGGAAGGCAGUAUAAUUCAUAUAUUCGUGCUGGAUGGCAAUUGGAUGAAAAUGAAUCGAUACUAUAUCCUCCUGAAGAUACUCAUACUAAUUAUAAUACUCAUGAUCCUCAACGAAAUAUGAAUUUUCCUACUACAUAUGAGGAGAUUAUGGCGGUACAUCGAGAAAAACUUUUGGAUUUAAAUCUUACUCUUUGUCGAGAAUGUUUUAUUGCAAUCAAUAUAGAGGAAGGGGAAUACUGUAGGGAACACAAACCAUCAUAUUAA